AUGGUGAAAAGAAAGCUGGGGGCCUUGGAAAAGGUCGAGGCUGAUCUAGCUAAUCUCGUCUUUGCGCGGCUUAGAUCCUACAUUGAAGAUUUCCGCGCCCAGCACUACCAAUAUGAGUCCCAUCGAGAGAUUUUCAUGGCGGCACCCACGUCGGCCACGGAUACCGGAAUUAUCUCUCUUCGCGAUUUGAUUGAUUUCAUUUCUCAUGUGGCCGACUGCUACCCGGAAAUUCUGAAGGACUUCCCGCAACAACUCAUCGAUAUGCUGAUGCAGCACCACCUGGUGCUCGAACCGGACUUGCGAGAAAAGCUUGUAGGGAGUCUGGUUCUUUUGAAGAAAAAAGAUCUUUUGGAUUCGGCAACACUGCUCCAUACACUGUUCCCGAUUCUCAUUUCCACGCCGAGCAAGACAUUGCGAGCUUUCAUUUUCCAGAAGAUUCUGUCGGAGCUUCGAAAUGCGAAUUCAAAAACCACCAAUCACAAGCUAAACCGUACUAUGCAAACAGUGCUCUUCAAUUUGGUUACAUCUGAUCGCACAUCUUCUAAGGGUGUUUGGGCAAUCAAGUUGACCCGAGAGCUAUGGAAGCGGCAGAUUUGGACAGAUGCGAAAGCAGUCGAAGUCAUGAAAGAAGCCAACUUGUCCGAGAACGAGAAAGUCAUCAUCGGCGGAGUGCGCUUCUUCCUCGGUGGAGACAAGGAGCGAGAAGAGAUGGAAGAUGAGAGCAGCGACGAGGACGCCGUCAAUCCUGGCCGUGUCAAACACCAACUCACUAUCAACAAGAAGACCAGGAAGAACUCCCGGGCUGCUGAAAAAGCACUGGCAACUAUCAAGAAGAAGGAGCGAAAGAAGACCCAGCCGCAUCUCCUCAACUUCUCGGCGCUCCACCUGCUGCACGACCCGCAAGGAUUUGCCGAUUCCCUGUUCUCCAAGCACCUUCAAAACACCAAGUCGAAACUGAACCUGGAACACAAGCUGCAAGUGCUGCAACUGGUCUCGCGGCUGGUGGGCCUGCAUAAGUUGCACAUCAUGCCUCUCUACUCAUACUUCCAGAAGUUCUUGACUCCCCGUCAGCCUUCGGUCACUUCAUUCUUGGCAUCUUUGGCGCAGGCUUCGCAUGACCUUGUGCCUCCAGAUGUCCUUUCGCCCCUGGUUCAGAAGAUCGCGAAUGAGUUUGUUUCCGAGGCUUCGGCAGGAGAAGUUGCUACUGCGGGUCUCAACGCCAUUCGUGAGAUCUGCGCCAGACAGCCCUUGGCUAUAGAGGAGACACUGUUGCAGGAUCUCGUCAUGUACAAGAAGAGCAAGGAUAAAGGUGUCAUGAUGGCAUCCAAGGGUCUACUCGGUCUGUACCGCGAUGUGGGAGCGCAAAUGCUCCGGAAACGCGAUCGUGGCAAGGAAGCCAGCAUGGGUCUCCGGGCAGGUGGAAAGCAAGAAAAGCGUUUUGGUCAGCAAGAGCUUGGGGGCAUUGAAGGGCUCGAUCUUUUGGAAAAGUUCAAGGAAGAGGAACGACGUAAGAAGCGAGAGGAGAAGGGCCUCCCAUCCGACGCCGAGGAUGAUGAGGAUGAAAACGAGGAUGAUGACUGGGCAGCCUGGAACGUUGAGGAUGACGAGGACAGUGAUGAUUCGGGUGACUGGGUCAACGUCCAGAGUGACGUUGAGAUCGACCUGAGCGACUCAGACGAUGAGAACAACGCUCCGCCCUCGAAGAAACCCAAGUCGGCCGAGGACGAAGCCAAGCCCAAUGCAGAGACUGAUCAAGAGGCGAAUAUUUCUAAGUUGGCGACAACACGAAUUCUUACGCCGGCUGAUUUGGCCAAGCUCGCGGAGCUCCGAACCCAAGCAUCUGUCGAUGCUCUUAUCCCGGGCUCGAAAUCCCGCCGCGCCGGGCAAUCAUCUACUGCCCGACACACGGAUGACCCAUUGACUGCCGAAGAAAUUGAGGGCUUGGCCGCUCUCUCUGCUGGUAAAGCUACGCGCGAGGAACGAAUUGCUCACGCCAAAGAAGGCAAACCGGAUCGGUCCGAGCAUAAGAGCCGAGAGGCUAAGCGCAAGGAACGCAAGCAGGAGCAAGGCAAGAGUACCACAAACAAGGAGAAGGCCCGCCGAAAGAACUUCCUCAUGACACUGGGCAAAGCGAAGAGUAAGAACAAGAGGAGUCUGGUGGAGACGCGGGCGGUGUUGAAGGCGCAUCACGACCGGCGGAAGAGAGGCGGCAAGAGAGGAAACGCAGGUACUUGA